AUGUACCAUUUGGUCCUUUUAAUUUGUUGUCAUUUGUAUUGGUCCUUGCUUGAUAAUUUUUAUCACGUACCUUGCUGUAUUCAGAAAUACUGUUCACUUUGUUAA